GUAAGAUCAUGAGUCACCCCAAUCCUACUAUACUCUUUUAGCAUUUAGUUACUUUUCAAAAUUAAGCUUCUUCUUUAUCCUUCUCUUCUCCGUUGAUUGCCAGAAUAGAUUAAUAUUGCAUGUAUGCUAUUUCAUGCAUUACAAAGCCAAUGAACACCUAAGUUAAGUUGUUUUUCAAUUCUACAUUUCUAACAGGUGUGUCUGACCUUUUCUUCAACCCCCUUAUAAUUUAUUUACGUUCCUUUCACUUCCUCCUUUUGACUCUUUGACAUUCCAACUGCAUAUGACAGAAUUCAAGGUUACUCCAAAAGUACAGAGAGAAUGUCUCCAAUGAAGUUUUGCCUAGCUAUGGUAUUGAUUAUGUUUGCAACUACUACGGGAGGCCAACAUCAUCGAAUUCUUUUGGAUACAGAUGUUGAUACUGAUGAUGUAUUUGCUCUGCUCUACCUUUUGAAGCUCAAUAAAUCAGAGUUUCAAUUGGAGGGAGUGACAAUUAGUGCAAAUGCUUGGACUAACGUGGGACAUGCUGUGAAUCAAGUUUAUGACAUACUUUACAUGAUGGGACGAGAUGACAUAGCUGUUGGAAUGGGAGGUGAAGGUGGAAUACUCCCAAACGGUACCAUACUCCCAAAUGUAGGUGGAUAUCUUUCAAUUAUAGAACAGGGAAUGACAACAACAGGAGGUUGCAGAUACAGGCAAGCCAUUCCUAAGGGCCGAAGAGGGCUCUUAGAUAUUGAUACUAAUUAUGGCAUACGAAAAGCUUUCCUUCCACAGGGGAGAAGAAAAUACACUCCCUUACAACAAGCAACUGCUCAGCAAGUGCUGAUUGAGAAAAUAUCUGCAGGUCCAAUAAGUUUGAUUGUGAUAGGGGUGCAAACAAACAUUGCUAUUUUUCUUAUGAAUAAUCCACACUUGAAGAAAAAUGUGGAACAUAUUUACAUCAUGGGUGGUGGUGUAAGGUCAAGAAACCCAACUUGUUGCCCCCAAAAUGCUUCCUCUUCCUGUGUUCCUAAGCAAUGUGGUGACCGAGGCAACUUAUUCACAAAUUAUAAAGCUAACCCUUAUGCAGAGUUCAAUAUAUUUGGUGACCCUUUUGCAGCAUAUCAGGUUAUUCAUUCUGGUAUACCUAUUACACUUGUCCCUCUUGAUGCAACAAACACAAUUCCCAUCACUGAAGAAUUCUUUAAUGAAUUUGAGAAAAGUCAAGACACAUACGAGGCACAAUACUGUUUCAAGUCCUUGAAAAUGGCUAAAAUGGCUCGUGAUACUUGGCUUGACAACCAAUUUUACACGAGUUAUUUUAUGUGGGAUUCUUUCACAUCUGGUGUAGCAAUCUCAAGCAUGAGAAACUCGAAUAAAAAAAACGAAUUUGCUGAGAUGGAGUACAGAAACAUAACUGUAAUCACUUCUAAUAAACCAUUUGGAAUAUGUGAUGGCUCUAAUCCAUUCUUUGAUGGCCUCAAAGUACCUAAAUUCAAUCUAAAGAAAGGUGGAGUGCAUAGUGGUCAUGUUCAACAAGGGCUUAAAGAUCAAUUUUGCCUUGUCAAGAAUGGGAAAGGUAGAUGUCAGGAUGGUUAUACAUCUGAGGUGGAUGGUCCUAACUCAGUCAAAGUACUUAUUGCCACUAAAGCAAAGCCUAACCAAGAUGUUAGGAGUCCACUUGACAAACAAUAUUUCAAAAGUUUCUUAAAUGUUUUAAAGCAACCACAAAAUUCUGGGAGGUUCAACUUCACUACACAGUUUCCUCACUACAAAGAAGUAACUUAUGUGCCAAAUUUUCAAAACAAAACACUGGGGAAACCUGUUGUGUUUGAUAUGGACAUGAGCAUAGGAGAUUUUCUUGCUCUAUUUUACCUCCUUAAAGUUGAUGUUCAAGUUAUAAAUCUUAAGGCAAUAAUUGUGAGUCCAACUGGGUGGACAAAUGCUGCAACAAUAGAUGUGAUUUAUGACUUACUACACAUGAUGGGUCGUGAUGAUAUCCCAGUUGGUCUUGGUGAAGUUUUUGCAGUGAAUGAAUCAGACCCACAAUUUCCACUUGUUGGAGAUUGCAACUAUGCUAAAGCAAUUCCCCAUGGAAAUGGUGGACUUUUGGACUCUGACACUCUUUAUGGACUUGCUCGUGAUUUGCCACGUAGUCCCAAAAGGUAUACACCUAUAAAUUCUAUGAAGUUUGAAGCUCCUCAAGAUACUGAUCACCUUAAUUUCAGACAACCAUUGGCAAUGGAAAUUUGGGAGUCUGUAUUCAAAACAAUGGAACCUAGAUCUAAGAUUACAGUAUUAACCAAUGGACCCUUGACUACUUUGGCAAAGGUUGUAUCACUGAAAAACAUUAGCUCAAGAAUUGAGGAGGUUUAUGUUGUGGGAGGACACAUCAACAAGAAUGUCUAUGACAACGGAAAUGUAUUUUCUGUUCCUUCCAACCACUAUGCAGAAUUUAAUAUGUUCCUAGAUCCUUUAGCAGCCAAAAUAGUGUUUCAAUCAGAAGUUAACAUCACACUCAUUCCACUCAAUGUCCAGCAUAAAGCAAGUUCGUUUUCACACAUUUUAUGUUGGUUGCGUAGGAUUGAACAGACACCUGAAGUUGUUUUUUCCAAGCGUGUGCUUUUAAGGCUACAACGGCUGAAGAAAAACCACCACAGAUAUCAGCAUAUGGAUACAUUCUUAGGAGAAAUUCUGGGUGCUGUUGUCCUAGCUGACAAGUAUUCAAAUCUAAGUGAAAAAUUUGAGGUGAAGCCGGUUAAAGUCUUGGCCCAAGGAGAUGUGUCCAUCGAUGGAAAAAUGGUGGUGGAUGAGGAAGAUGGAAAAUUAGUCAGAAUUUUAAGCCAUGUGAAUGCCAAGGCUUAUCAUAAGAUGUAUGCAAAAAGGCUUGGUGACUGGAACCAAUCGGCUAAGGUAGGAAGCUUUGAAGAUCAGAGAAGGAAAUGGAGUCAUCCACAUUCCUCAUGACAAAAGCUUGAGGGAACUGCCUCAUGGUUUCCCUCUAAAAGAACAUGUUUUCUUAUUUUGUACACUGCAGGUUUUGUUGUGGUUGAUAUUAUUCAAGCCUUAAUGUAUACUUUUAAGUUUCAUAUAUAGGAAAAGAAAUAAAGUAACUUAGGAUACGAUAAAUACUUCAAAGCAAAAUAUAGCAGAUUCACCUAUACUGAUUUUGGCUAUCAUCUUGUAAUCACCCUUUAUAUUCUUACAUGAAAAUUGUAUCAACUUUAGAUCAAACAGUGUACUACAAUGCCUAAUAACUUAAAAAAUGUUACGUCUCAAACGUUCGAAUAGUAUAAUAUUCAGUUUAAAAAUUCUGUCAUGAGUAGCAGUUGUCUCUACCAAAACAAAAAUAAAAAUAUAUGGCGGGUAUGUAGUUUAUGGUUAUUUAUUUGGUAUGUUUCAUUGUAUCAAUGAACAGAAAUCUUGACUGCAUGUGCGUGAGCGUGGCAUUGGUGAGUUGACAGCGCAGUGGGGAUAGGAUGUCUAAGGUUUGAGAUAGGCAUCCUAAGAAUAUCAACAUCAAAUUUCAAAAACGAUUUUGUUUGGUAAUAAGGCAUAUGGUCAUGUUGAGCAUUCAUUUCCUUUUGUGAUUUACUCCACUAACGAGUAGACAAAAAGGGACAUCGCCACUACAUCAUGAUUUGACUUCUAAGGAAUCAUAUCUCCUCAAGAUUCUCUUAUCUUCCACACCAAUUUUUAAUACUUUUUUUUGGCCGUCCUUACCAGUUUCUUAUUCCAAAAUAAAGUGACUUUACAACUCCAUUAGCUUAUACCCCUACAUUCUUUCAGCCAUGGGGUGACAACUGGCUUAUAUCACUAUAUUAUUCUUUCACCCUAAAUACUGUCAUUUAUAGGAUAAUGCCAUUUGAUGCCAUCACCAUCCCCAGUCCACCCCAUCAUCUCACUUCAGGUAAAUAAAGAAUCAUGUAUCAUUCCCCAUGGCCAAACAUUUUGUUCAGUUAAGUUUUGUGUACGUCCAUUGACAGGUAAAUAUAGACACGCUCUAUGAUGUAACAAACUGAUAAAGACGGACAAAAGUAUACAGUGUGAAAUAAGUAUUUAUGCAAUUCAGGCAUCAUUCAUUCUUGCAA